UCUCUUAUAUAUGUCCUAAGCCUAUAUAGUUUAAUCACAAUUUUAUUCAAUACGUCCAUCGCAUAACCAAAUUCAAGCUAUUUGAUUCAAUAACAUGGAAAUUGGAUUGCCUAACUCAAUCUACGGUGGCAUGAAGAAAUACUGGAGAAGGCGGCGCUACCAGCAUCUCAACCGUGAUGCACCCACCGGCAGGAAGAAGAUGAAUAUCAUAAGGUUGAAAGGAAACCCACGUAAGUUUUGGAGGAUCAGAGCAAUUCCAAGGCUGAAAUGGGUGAUGAGAUUGCCAUUGAAGAUGAUGGCAAAGGUUAAGAAUGGUUACAUGAACUUCAUGUUGAGGUUGGCUGGUAAAGUAGGUGCCUUGAAAACUGAUAGCAUGUUGAGUGUGAAACGGAUUCCAAAAGCUCGUCAAGGGUCUAAGGUUUAUUCUAGGGAUGCAUUUGAGGCCAGACUCAUAUUUGAGAUUUCCAAGGCCUUGGUUGCGUCUAAUGAACUAUAUGCCAUGUAGUCAUUGUAAAUUUGUAAUGAUGUGUUUUUCUUUCUUCUUCUUCUUUGUCAUUGUUUUUUGCUUAAUUAAAUUUUGUAAGAAGUUUUCAUCAUUAUUCCCUCAAGCAACUCGAAAAAUAUUCUUUA